AUGCCCGCGCCUCCCGCUCUCCCAUCCUCUGCGCCCCCCGAUUGGAUCGGGGGGAUCGAACCGCCGCCGCCGCCCGGAAGACCACCGCCGCGCCCUACCUCGUCGACGACCACCUCGCCGGACUGCCUCCACUCCGUCCGCGUCGUCUCCGACCUCCACCUCGCGCCCCACUGCCCCGUCCCUACGCCUCGCGGUGAGGACCCCGGUCCUCCUCUGUCCCCGUGCACGCCGACCACGCUCACCACGGCCGCGCCUUCGCGCGCGCGCCUGCGUGCCGAAGCUCGCGCUCUGGGCAGCAAGCGCUCACCCCACGCCCGGUCCCGCUCCCGUGCGCCCAUAGCCGCGACCGCGUCUCCGUGCUCCGACUCCGCGAACACGGCCGCCCGCUGGUGGCCUCGCCCCGCUUUCCCCCUGGUCGGGCUCGUGUGA